CACUCGCAUAUGUUAAACAGGACAGACACUGCUACUCUCGUGUGCUCGAGCUACUCGUCAACUUGUGGGCAUACCACAGCGCUCGCCACAUCAUAAAUGUGGACCCCGAGACCGGAGCAAUGCAUGAGCAGCAUCAACUCAGUAGAAGAAGAGGUAAAAUUUGGAUCAAAUGGUUCACAUUCUCCACUCUGAAGAGCAUGGAUGAGGACUUGGCUGAAGAAUUCGACUCUGACCGCCCCAAUCGACGAAGGUUGUGGCUGUUAACUGGUGAGGUCUUUUGGCAGGGCGUCUACGAAAGGGAACGGAGCGCGCGACACCAGCUGAAGGAGAAGAGGAGGCAACAAAGCAAGGAUAAGAUUCGGCGAAUAAGGAGUAGGACAAGGCAAAAAUCUCUGGGGAAGUAUGUACAGCCACCACCUGAAGGCUUUGCUGAACCUACCUGAGGUACCUGAUUCAUUGUUUGGCAUAUAGAUUUAUAUUGUUGUUUCAUUCUCUUUUUUCUACCAUGGUUUAGUAGUUCGGGAUGCAGUUGUUUUUGUAUUUUUUUUUCUGUAUUUAGAUUUUUCUUCUUCUUUUGUAACUUUGCAUGUAGUGUUAUUAGUUAUUUGAAUUGGGUAUCCUAUGAUGUAAAUU